AUGAAAUGUUUUGGGUGAAACCAAAAAAAAAAAUUAUUUUUAUUUUUUAAACAUGGACGUAUUGGAAAAAUAAAUGGAAAGAAUACUUCCGUUAUCCGUAUGAAUGAAGAAAAAAAAAAUCCACCCGGGAAAAAAAAAUUAACCGGAAAAAAUUAAGCAGCGCUUUUGAAGUCGAUCCGGUUCAUUCGAACAGCUGGGCGGAAGUGACGCAGGCGGGCGCGCGCACCCUCACGUCACGUCACGUCACGCUAGAAAAGGCAUAGCCAGGCUAGGGGGGGGGGGUUAAGAAAAAAAAAAGAAAAAAAAGGGCAACAACACAAGAACAACAGUUAGCCGUGGGAUAAACUCUCAGGACCAUCCAAUGCAGAUAUGUCCGGCGCCUCGCAGACGGUUUUCAAGGACCGCAGAGAAUCGUAAAAGGAUAUGAAUUCCGUCGAGUAUGGGGAAAUUUCAGAUGAAGAGAUGCUUGAGAAAGGGCAAAAACCUGUCCAAGACAUCAAGGAGGAGACAGAGGACUUUGCGAUUUCUGAGCCAGUUGAAGGGGUUGAAGGAGGAUCUCCUGGGGCUGCAGAGGCUGGUAAACGGACAUCUGCAGAGAUGGGCUGUGACACGACACAUUCAACAAGCAGCAAGAGAGUCAGAGUCUCAAGCAAGGCCAAAGGGCAGCUGACAAUGGAAAGCAGUGGACGUGAGCCUCUAUGUUUGACUACAACCAGAGAGAGGAAGAACUGUGACCCAGAGAAGUCCAGAGCCUCCUACAGAAAGCCUCUGUUCAGUAUCUCCCACAGGAUCAUAGAGAAGAGGAUUACACCAAGCCUGGAGCAGCAGGCCACACAGGUGCAACGGGAGCUGCAUAACCACAGCAGUACUCUGAGCCCAAAACUCCUCAAUCCAGGGGAAAAUGGCCAGUUUGAGGCCUUUCCCACCCCGGGAACGACAGGCCAGAUGUCACUAACAGAUGCUGGCCUUUAUCCUCUGAUUGAGAAGAUGUUUUUUAUUCUCAACACGCUCAACUCAAGCGUGACGCAACUGCACAGCAAAGUGGACUUGCUGUCCCUUGAAGUCAUGCGGAUAAAAAAGCAGAUCAACCCGUCAGAAAUGGUGACAGAGUUCCAGCCUCCUCCAGAGUAUCUGCUGACCAGCGAUGAACUCAAUCAGCUGAUGGAGCAGACAUCCAGUGCUGGAGAACUGGGGUGUCGGUUGCUGGUGCAUCUCUUCCCAGAGCUGUUCAAAGCCAAGGAGUGCACCCAUGGCUGCAUUGCUAGUAAGAGAACUCUGGACUCGCUGCACCUGCAGCUAAUUCGCAACUACGUUGAGGUGUGCUUCCCUUUGGUUAAGAACAACAAUGUCUGGCAGGAAGAAUGCCUCCUUCAGAUUAAUGACUUCUUUAAUCGCUUUUGGGCUCAGAGGGACAUGGAGAGCGCCCGAUUGCAUGGGAGGCAGACAACCGGUGCCGAGAUAAAAGCUGAGAAUGCUCAGACCUGUCGUUUUAUUAAUGAAGAGGGUCAGGUGGAGCACAUCUCUUUGGACAGCCAGCAAAGUAACCCAUCUGUCCCAGACCUUGCUUAUGACACACAAGUCACCGAGGACAUGGACGAGUUAUCCUCCCCUGAGGACUUUGUAAUUUUCCUCAUACACCGUCUCUUCCCUGAGGUCUUUGAGGAGAGAAAAAUGCCAGAGGGCUGCAGCAGUUUCAAUAAUGUUGGGCAGCUCGUUCUUGACCCUGACAGGAUAGAAAUGAUAAGGAAGUGUAUGGAGGCAAAUUUUCCUGACGUGCCCGAGGAUAGCUGGCUUCAGGUUUGCAUCCAACAUAUGGAAGAUGUGCUCGAGGGUCCUCACAGUAAUGGCAACAGGAGUGAACCUGACAAUGCAAAUGAUGAUAGCUAUGACCUGGCCAACCUUCCUGAGGAUGUUUCUAUCAUCAAGGUCCCCAACUUAGGUGAUUACGAGAGGCCCAAUCGCAGAUCCAAAAAAUCUCUCCUCACACCUGUGGAUUUUGACAAUCUAGAAAUACCUCCGCCAGACUUUUGUGUGCCCAAGGAGUACCUCCUAUCUAAAGAGCAGCUGAAAAACAACUACGACUGUAGCUUGUCCAUCGGGAAUUUUGCCUCCCGGCUCUUGGUGCUCAUGUUCCCCGAGCUCUUUACCUCCGAGAACACACGGAAGCAUUAUAACUGCAGUGGCUCCCUUGGGAAGAAGCAGCUUGACCCUGUUCGCAUCAACCUGAUCCGGCACUAUGUGCAGUUACUGUACCCACAGGCCAAAAACGAUAGAGUGUGGAUGUUAGAGUUUGUAGGCAAGCUUGACGAGCGGUGCCGAAGACGCGACACUGAGCAGAGACGAUCGUACCAGCAGCAGCGCAAGAUUUAUGGUCAAGAGUCAGAGCAGGAGGCGGGCGACUUUGUUUGCCAGGCAAACCAGCUCAAUCCAGAUAGCCAGAGGGAGGACACUGAUAUUCCCUCUUUACCCCCUGAGAAAAGUAGCAAAGACUUUUGCAAGAUCCCCCUGGAUGAGUUGACUGUGUCUAUGCCAGACUUUCCUGUCCCCUCGGUCUACCUCCUCUCGGACACAGAGGUGCGGGAAAUAGUUCAACAGAGUCUCUCUGUUGGGAACUUUGCUGCCCGCCUGUUGGUGCGUCUCUUCCCUGAGCUUUUCACCCAAGAGAAUCUGCGACUUCAAUACAAUCACUCAGGGGCCUGCAACAAGAAGCAGCUCGAUCCUAUUCGCCUCAGGCUCAUCCGUCAUUACGUGGAGGCUGUGUAUCCUGUGGAUAAGAUGGAGGAGGUGUGGCACUAUGAAUGUGUGCCGAGCAUCGAUGAACGUUGCCGGCGCCCCAAUCGCAAGAAGUGUGACAUACUGAAGAAGGCCAAGAGAUCAAGCACUGUGUCUUAGUCAUAACUGUUUUUAGGCAACACUUGUCAUGAAAUUGCACAGUACAUAAGCUGAAAUCAGAUUGUUGAACCUUUAAAAACUGUCCCGUGUAGGUCAAAGAAACUAGAAUCAGUUCAUCUGGACAUGUUUAUUGACAGUAUCACUCAUCUAAUGCCCCUUUUCCACUACAUGGGACCGGCUCAACUCAACUCGACUUUUUCAUUUUCCAUUACUGGAAAGUACCGGCAUUUUAUAAUAAAGUAUUCUGAUUCUGAUUUUGGUAACUGUUACCACUUUUCUGGUACCACCUUUGUCGAGGUUCCAAAAAAACUGGAGUGGGUACCAAAAUCAAUGCAGACCAGCUACACAGAGGGGGUACUGUUACGGUAAUGGAAAACGACAGUCUGCAAGUCGAGUAGAGUUGAGCUGGUACCAUGUAGUGGAAAAGGGGCAUAAGUGACCUCUUCAGUCUAAACUGGCUGCAGGUAUCCCCACCCUUAUAAACAAUACAGUUGGUUAACGACCAAAACCGGUCUGAUUCAAGUUUCUUUGAUUUUCUUACCUGGAUUAUUGAGCAUGCAUAAAGACAUGUCCCGUGUAGGAUGAAGCCAAGCUAUCAAGGGUAUUCAUCAGUACCAUUCUUGGUCAUAUUUUACAUUUUCACUACAGCAAUAGAUGCUGUAGUUUAAUUAGUCUUAUUAUCAUUGGAUAAACAGAAAGCUUCUAUUUAUAAGCCAAAACUGACAUAGCUUCUCUAACUUACCUUGUUGAUAACUGUUGUAGCCUUAAAACAAUUUAGCUACUAGAAUAGUCCACAGUCAUUAUAAUAGAAAUGUAUCACAACGAGUGAUAUCUUUACAUUGCAAUUACUGAUGUAGCAUUGUGCCACCACUGUUUUAAUAACAAUGUGCUUAUGUUAAACCUUCUUAUAGAAGUUUAUAUUAUAAAAACAAUUUAACCAUGACAAUGGAUCAUGCUAACCUAUUUCUAAUAAAAUUACA